CGCGUCCGGCGCCACGUCCGCAGCCAGAGGCCGCUACUGCCGUCGUCGCCAACGGAGUCUUCUGGCUCCAAAGCCUGAGGGAGCGCCUCCCGAACCCGCAGCUGCCCGGGGCUGUGCCAGUCGCUCAAGCUACCGCAGCGCUCUCCCGUGCAGCCGGCUCCCUCCGCCCAGCCCCAGCUCCAGGCGCCGACCCUCGACCCCGGAGGAGAUCAUGAAUCAGGCAGAUAAAAAUCAAGAACUCCCAUCAUACCUUAGUGAUGAACCACCAGAAGGUUCAAUGAAAGAUCACCCACAGCAGCAACCAGGCAUGUUGUCCCGUGUGACUGGCGGUAUCUUCAGUGUUACAAAGGGGGCUGUUGGUGCCACCAUUGGUGGUGUGGCUUGGAUUGGUGGGAAGAGUCUGGAGGUGACCAAAACAGCUGUUACAACUGUGCCUUCCAUGGGAAUAGGGCUGGUGAAAGGGGGCGUGUCUGCUGUGGCUGGAGGUGUUACAGCUGUUGGGUCUGCUGUUGUAAACAAAGUGCCCUUAACAGGAAAGAAGAAAGACAAAUCUGACUAAAAUAUGGAGAUACAUUUGCUCUCCACAGCAUUAUGAUGCCAGUGGCAUUGAAUUGCUAAAUUAUGGACUACAACGAAGUCACCUGUUCGGACGUUUAUCUUCUAAACUGCUGUGUUGAAAGUAUUGAUGACUGGCUUUUGUCUAAAAAGAAGAGACCAAUACUAGCACAGUGUAUGAAGGUUUCUCAUACUUAAAUUCCAGCUUUUUAUCUGGUAAAAUGUUACUCUUAUUCAGUUGUAACUGAAGAUAUGGUAUAUUUGAUAUUUACUAUAAGUCUUUCAGUUUAACUAAAAAAUGUGAAAGUUGAAUUUAGUUGAUGAUCUUUACAGUUCCAUAUGUAUAAUGUGCCAGGUAACUCAUUUGCCCCUUAAGAAGGGAACCUUGAACUACAUAAACUGUACCUUUGAUGUGCCUAAUAGUUUCAGAUGUCUUAGUUUUUUUUAUAACCAUAGUUGGUUAGGCCAAGAGGCAUUCUUUUCUUAUUUAAGCUGGUAAAAGUAGCAGGAAUUAGAGAAAUUUACAAGAAGAGGUAAAUGGUUUUAUGAUACUGAGUGUUUACCAUCUUUUGUUAGAUAUGCAUUACAUUAAUUUAAUCAUUGAUGCCUUAUGAAACAUCUUUUUUAAUACCCUAACCAUGUGCAGUUCUUAGAACGAUCUAUGGAUUCUUUUAAAAAUUGUGAAAUUAGCUUUCCCUCUUAAGAAUCUCAGGAGUGGUGGGUUAAAGGCAUUUCUUGCUCUCAGCAGCUAAGGUAGUGCUUGUAGGUGUUUUGUUAACGGUCAGUGUAGUUACCAGCCGAACGUUACAUUUCAGUCUGGUUUCAUGCUCCAUCUUUAAUUCACCUCACAGUGCCUAAGGAGUAUUUCUUUGCUGGUCAUAAGCUCUCUUGGAAGUUUCACAUUAAGGAGGAACAGAUAAUUUUAAAUUCUUAAGAAUCCCCUAAAGCAUCCCACAUACAAAAAAAUCUUCACAUCAAUUUUACCUUUAGGAUGGCUUAAAAUGUUAGCAGUACCCCUUUUUAAAAACACAGUAAAAGCAGCCACAAAUAUGGGGGAGCUGACUUUGAAAUUGAAUGAAAUGGGCUCCACAGAUUAGUUUUGAAUGUAAGAUAUGUAUACAAGUGCUGUCAGUGGUUUAUAGGCUUUUAAAACGUUAUAUUACAAUCAAUCCUUAAAGAAGUCAUAGACUUUGUACCAUUUCCAAGUCAACUUCAGGCAGGGAAUUGAAGUUUUUGAUUGUGGAUGAUAAAGUGCGUCAUGUCUCCUUAACAUGUCUCAUCAUGCCCCAUUCAUUCUCAAGGAAUAUGACUUAGCUGGAAUUCAUCAUUUUUUACAUAUUCCAUUUCAUGAAAAAUUUUUAAAAGUGGCACAUAUAUUUGGUAUUCCUCUUAACUGAGGGUUAUAAUCCAGGUUUGUAAAAUCUUAGUUUUCUUUAACUUAAAUCUGGACAUUUGCCUCCAUUUUGCAGAAGUGUUUGUUUGUGUAGCAAAGGAGGUGAUGCUCUGGAGCAAGUCAGUCAGAAUACAUCCUUGAGAACGUAAAACAGAUCACUCUAGCAUCCAAGGCUUUAAUGUCUUUCUGAACCACUAAGAGCUUUACAUUAAUAGUGUGGAACAACAAAUGGGUAAGAACAUAACUUUUUUAAAAGCUUUCAUAAACACCAGGAGGGAUCUUAAGCAAACCUGCAAAGGUUCUACCAUUAUAUACAAAACUGAAAAUUUGAGUUCAUCAUAAAUGGUCAUUUAUUUCAUGCUCUAUGACUUAAGGUAUUUUGGGUGGUGUAUCUGGUCAAAUGUCAUAAUCGGCAAAAGGGAUUUUUAAAAGUGACUCCAGAGUUAAUUGAUGAACUCUAAACAGUGAUCUAAAAAGUGGUAUUGGAGAACUUAUUUCCUGCUAUUUGAAAGAAAUGAUUGCUUCAUUGCUAGUUUAUAUUUCUAAUUUAUCUUCUAUAGUCAUAGGUUCUGCUGUGCUUUGCACCUGAAUUUCUAAACACAGACUUUAGUUUACUGUGUGCUUGCAUAUUUAUUUUCAACCUUGUCUUUAAAAUUGCUUGAGGAAAAAUGGUUGUAUUUCUGCCACAGAAAAGCCUUCUGGUACAUUUUAGCUCUGAACUAUAACUUUAUUCAGGAGAGGCUUUUGCAAGGAUGGCAGAGAAGUGUACAAAGGAACGUUUGUUACAGAGGUUCUUGUUGCAGUGAACUGGCCAUCAGAUGACACAUGCAGUCGUACAUUUGAGUCUUCUCCAGGGUAUUUGCGUAGACUGGCAGUUUGACCUGUGAAACAGUACUGGUUCACUUCAAGAAACUAAGGUUGAUACAUACACUUGGAGGCAUCUGUUAUUCAGUGUAUCUUUUGAGUGGGUAUUUGGCACAGUGAGGAUGAACUUGUGUGACCCACCUGAAUGCCUGAUCUAAUAAUGUUGCAUUAUGAAUCCUGUACUUAGUGAAAUGUCAGAUGAAGAUGAUUGGUGAUUGAAUAAAAAUUUUUUUGUAUAAAGGAAUGGGAAAAGAAUACAUAAAUCUGUCAAUAAACACUAUGACCUGCAAAAGAUGAAAUGUUUCAUAAAGAUCUAAGGAAAUAAAGGAAAUUUAAAGGAAAAACAGGAUAGUAUUAAAAUUUUUAGUUCCAUAGUUCAGAAAGUAGUCAGUUUUUUUGAUACUAAUGCACAAACAUGACAAAACAUCUUUGAAUAUGUAUUUUGAUACCAAGACAGUGAAAUGCAAAUACAUUUUAGUCAACUCUGAUGAAGAUUAAUAAUGCAGAUUUUUAGGUUUUAUCCCAACUUUCUGAAUCUCUGCAGGUAGGGCCCAGGCCUGUAGUUCAGUAUCCUCCACAGCUGAUUCUUGUUAACAAUUUGGGAUCUGAUGUAGAAGUAGGGAGCGUUUUACUCUGUCCUAAGUAACUAUGGAACCAACUUGCAUCCCUCACUGGACAGAAGUGAUUCAGAGAGAUGGGAACCAGUUGGAGGAACGUAGAAAAUUGGCACAUACUAGCUGUCUACUUACCUGCCAGGUGUUGUCCACACAUCAUCUGAUUUCAUCAGUACCGUGGAAGUAUCUCUUUUUACAAGUACAAAACAGGCUUUUAGUGUUAGCAGUUUUCCCAUGAUCACUUUUGAAUUCAAGUAAAUCCCUUUUCCAAUUAAUACCCAGAAACAGAAAUGGGGCUACUCAGUAACUAGUACUUCAUUCUGCUGUUGGUAGGCAGUGCUGACUGUACGCUUCAUCUACCAGGCUAACUUGAGUUCUCUGGAAGUCUUAUAGGUAAUCAUACUUAUUUUGGCAGCUAAUUACAUUUGUCAUCGAAAUGAAUUUAGUGUAAUUAUGAACUGUUUAAGGGAAAUAGUUUUGUUGUUAGAGCCUUUUCUUCACGGAGGAAAUAAAAUUUGACUAGUGUUUUAUGUAAGGAUGUCUCUCCUUGCUAUAUUGUGGAUAUUGAAGAUUUCAUAUUAGGGAAAAAGAAAGGUUCAAGGGCUAAAAACUAAUGGAACAGGAUUUGGUCUAAGGAAAAAUAAAGUAAUUACAUGUU